AUGUAUCCAUUAUGCAUUGACACAAAUGAAAAGAUUGGCGGUGAUGUACAUAACUUUGAUGGAACAUGGGGAGAAAUUACGUGUGUAGAAGGCACAACACAUGAUACAGAAGCUCUUGCGAUGGUUGAAUCAAGAAUUUGUGAUUCGUAUUAUAUUCCAGAAUUGGAAGUUACAAAUUACAUAAUUGAUUCAAAUAGUAUAAAGGUGAAGACAGGUCAGUUAUAUAAGGAUAAAGCAACACUCGUAGAUGUGAUGGCGAAAUAUAAGAUAAAGAACAAUUUCAAUUGCAAAGUAAAGAGAUCUGAUAGACAAAGUUAUGUAUUGGUAUGCUUUUCGGAUGAAUGUGGCUGGACUAUGAAGGCUUCCUGCAGAAAAAAAUCUGAUGUUUUCAAAGUUAGAUACUUCAAUAGUGAACAUACGUGUCCAAUGCGAGAUAGGGUACUAACCAAAGUCCAAGCAACAGUCGGGUUUGUAAGUGGUGUGACUGCUCCCAAAUUGUUCAACCAUAAAAGAAUUCAUACUCCAAAAGAUAUAAUUGCAGAUAUUAGAGAAUUCUAUGGGGUUCAAAUAUCUUACCUGCAGGCAUGGCGUGCUAAAGAACGUGCACUAGAAAUGAUAAGGGGUAAACCAUCAGCUGGAUAUAGACAGAUACCGAGAUACAUAUACAUGCUAAAUAUUGUUUAUCCAAAUUCUUAUAUAAAGAUGCAGAAGACUGAGGAAGAUGAAUUUAUGUAUCUGUUCGUAGCCUUAAGACCAUUGAUUAGGGGGUUCGAUUACUGCAGACCAAUAGUUAUUGUCGAUGGUGCACAUCUGGGCGGAGCUUACAAAGGGACAUUUGUAUCAGCAAGCACACUUGAUGGGGCAGGUUGCAUAUUUCCAUUGGCAUAUGGUGUUGUGGACACUGAAAAUGACUGUUCAUGGACAUGGUUCUUCGAACAAUUCAAAAAUGCAUUUGGCGAGCGUGAAGAAAUGUGUGUUGCAUCAGAUAUGAAUGAGAGUAUUAUGAAGAGUGUAAGGACUGUGUUCCCAAAUAUACCUCAUUAUGCAUGCAUAUGGCAUCUUUGGAAGAAUGUAUGUGGCAACUUCAAAAGGAGUAGAAACACCCUAAGUGAUCUAUUUUACUCUAUGGCCAAGGCAUACAGAAAGGAGGAUUUUGAUAAAUUGAUGGCUAAGGUUGAUAAAAUUGAUCACAGGGUUAAGGAGUACCUUGAGGAUGCAGGGUAUGAGAAGUGGUCGAGAGUUCAUUCAACAGUAAAUAGAGGUAGAAUGAUGACUUCGAACAUUGCGGAAUGUAUCAAUGGUUGUCUUGUUGAAGCACAACAAUUGUCUAUAUUAGAAUUCUUGGAAGAAGUUAGAAUUCUAUUUGGUUCUUGGCAUUGCAAAAAUAGAGAAAUAGCCUCAUAUACAAAGGACACAUUAGGGAGAAGAUUUGAGGAGAUAUUGAUUAUAAACGCGUCUAAAAGUUCGAAGAUGGAGGUUGUUCCAUCAUCUGAAUUUAUUUUCUCGGUUUAUGAAGCUGGAAGAAGAUACAUUGUUUGUCUUGAGCGGAAAGUAUGUUCUUGUGGAAGAUUUCAACUAGAUGAGAUACCUUGCGCACAUGCAAUCGCUGUUUUAAAGGAAAAGAAUGUUAAAUAUAUGCAUCCAUAUUGCUCUGAUUACUACAAGCCUGAUGCAUUAGCAAAAACAUAUUAG